AUGGCUAGUUUUAAAAUUUCCGCACCGGGCCGAAUCGUCUUAGCCGGAGAAUACUCGGCGAUGUAUCAAAAACACUGUGUCUCGACUAGCUUAGAUCGUCGUACCAAACUCACAUUCCGUGAAUUACCACAAGGGUGGCCAAUUGAGAUAGAAUUCCCAGAUGUGAAUCUACAGAUUAAAGUACCUUUAGAAGAAGUUUGUGGCUACCUUUCUGAAGAGCAAGAGAACCAAUUAAAUCCAAACUUUAGGAUUAAAUAUGUGAAAUCCUUUAUUAACUUCAACGGCAUGUGGCGUACAUUUCAGCAGAGAUUUAGUUUACAAAUGUUUUUUUGCUUGCUUUAUAAUAUAGCUGUUCAGGAAGAACUUGACAUAAGAUCUUUUCACGUGCAUGUAACCUCGAAUAUACCGCUCGAUGCUGGUCUUGGCAGUUCGACAUCGUUGGCUGUGUGUCUGACUGCGUGUUUUCUUCAUUGGUAUCGUUUACAGAGUGAUCAUCGUGAAAAUAUUGAAUUUGGUAACAUUGAUUUUUUGAUAAAUGUUGGAAUUUACGUUAAAGAUUGCGAGGAACGUAUGCAAGACUAUCAAUGUACGCAGAUCGAUACCGACGUUUGUGUAUUUGGCUUUGCAGCAUAUAGUCUACUUAUUGAUUAUGUAAAGUACACUCAUGAGGAAUUCACAAAGAUGACCGGAAUGAAGAUUCUUCUGAUCGAUUCAGGUAUUCGCCAGAAAAAGUACGAUCAAGCAAGACAAAUGACACAGCUGAAAUCUCAAUUUCCUCUUAUGUUUGAUAAUACAAUCCGUACAUUACAUAGAUAUGUAAUAAAAAUGUAUCAUUGGUUCCACUCACUAAGUUUUAGUGUUCGAAAUGCCAAUUCAACUGUGCAAGAAUUUCAUUAUAAAAAAUUACAGUGUUAUAUUAGAAAGAUUCAACUAUUAUUAUGGAGCCAAUGUUUGUCCGAUGAGGCAUUCAAUCGUUAUUUCCGCAGUCGCAGAUGAUAUUGAAUACGCGGCAAAACUUACAGAUUUUGGACCUAAAUAUGCGUAUAUUGUGCUACCACCGCACAUUACAAACGACGAAAUCAGGAAAAUCUCGACACAGCUAAGGAAUGAGAAUUACCUUGUUAUAAAUAAUCAAUUGUGAUGGAGUAAAACUUGAUGAUUGAUUCGGUUAAAAUUGACGCGAUUAUUAUAUGUAUAAAUGACUAAAUAAUAACAAAUAACUAAACGUGAAAAAAAGUUAAAAUAAUUAACUUAACUGUGUUAGUUUAAGGAAAAUAUGACAAUAUACAUUUUAGUUCAAUUUAUGUAUAUAUUUUAUUACUCAAAGAUUGCGGUUUGUUAACAUGGCAGCGUAUUGAAUUAUAAAAUCAAAAGUGAGAAAUCAUUGAAUAUUUUCUUCCAAAAAUAGUCAAAAAAUAUUGGUUUUUUUGUAAUCUAUCUUAAUAAAUAUUAAAUAUAUAAGCAUUGUU